UCAUUAUAAAUUUUCAGAUAAACUUAAGAACUUAAAAAUAGUUUUGUAUUUCAGAUAUUUUGCAUAUGAAUCUAAAUUAAAGUCCAAACUGCAAUUAUUCCCAAUGAGAGAGUGAGAGAAAGACUGCCCCAAGAGCGGAGAGCUCAACUGCCCGCAGAGAAAGAGAGACAGCAUUACUAUCCUUAUCCCCCUUAUUGCACUGCACUUUUGUGAGAGAAGGGAGUACAGAAGAGAGAGCCGGCUGUCAGUUGGGCGCUCAUGAGAGAAAUACGAAAGCCUGGAAGCUAAACAACAAGAGUCAAGCAAACAAGAAAGAUAACGACUUGUUUCAUUUGAUAUUCGCCAGCCGGCAGCAGCGGAACAAAAAAAAAAUCAAACGCCGCAGCUGCGGACACCAAAUUAGAAUACUAAACGGCGACAAGUUAUCGCACAAUUAGUACGCGGGCAACAAUUGAUAGCGAGAUACGGUAGCGGACAACCGAAAAUUUUCCCAAACUAUAAAUUCGACAUCCGAAAAAGAAGUGCCGUGUAAGUGUGAAAAGAGCUCAAGAAGAAGUACAGUAAAAAGAGCUUAACCAUGUAUACGAAAAUCUUUCGCGCUGUGAUAAUCGGAGCCCCCGGAUCGGGCAAAGGAACAAUUUCGGAUCUAAUAUGCAAGAACCAUGGAUGUGUGCACAUCUCCACGGGCGACAUACUGCGCCAGAAUAUCAUAAAAAACACUGAGCUGGGUAAAAAGGCCAAGCAAUAUAUUGCUGAUGGUCAACUGGUGCCAGAUUCGAUAGUGACCAAGACAAUGUUGGCCCGAAUAACCGAGGUGGGUAACAAAUCAUAUAUUCUGGACGGAUUCCCUCGCAACAUCGCUCAGGCUGAGGCGCUAGCCGCUCGCGAGCAGAUUGAUGCCGUGAUCGCGCUGGACAUUCCACACAAUGUGAUUAUUGAUCGAGUCAAGAAUCGUUGGAUUCAUGCGCCCUCCGGCAGGGUGUACAACAUAGGUUUCCAAGAUCCUAAGGUCCCUGGCAAGGACGAUGUUACGGGCGAACCUCUCACGCAGCGCGAAGACGACAAACCACAUGUUGUGGCCAAACGGCUGGAACUCUACGACCAAAUAAUGAAACCGGUAAUAGCCUGGUACGAAAAGAAAGGCCUGGUUGCCACUUUUAAGGGACAAAGGACCAAGGAGAUCUGGCCGCGGAUGGAGCUCUUCCUUAGGGACCGUAUGAACGCGUAAUAGACGUCCCGGAUUUUCAUUCAUUGUGCACAAACUAACGAUAAACUGCUGUGUUCAAUUAAGUGCAUAACAUAUUUAGAUAUCUUCAUAUAUAUAUAUAUUUAUAUAAUUGAGCACGAAUGUAAUAUGUAUGUUUGUGGGUCGGGUCGAAGAAACAGGCGAAUAAUUAAUGUAAUUGCGAAGCCUUACGAAUUGGCAGCUGUUGUCAUGUAUUCCUUAUUUUCACAAAAAACAUUUCCCUCAUGCAGCUCCCCCUUUUUUGUAUAAACAUAUUUUUGUACUCGUAGUCUGUGCUCUGAUAAUAAAUCCCGUUUGUUAUAUUUGCGCUGAUAACGUAA